AUGUCUAUGGGUCCUGGACCAUCAUCUGAGGCAACGUCUGCUGCAUUGAAGAACUUGCAGAAACGGAAGAAGAAACCAAAGCUCAAUUUCUACCACACAGUGCUGGUAGUCCGUUAUCGCCAGCAUACCCAAUACCAAGUUAAUAAUGAUGGCUCUGUCAGCUAUACUCUGAAGCGUCUUCUCCCUCCUAAGAAUGCUAAAGCAACCAUCCUGGGCCAUUCUCAAACUCUCCAUGUGCACCAUCCGCUUCACCGAUUGCAGAAAUGGAACGGUCAAUACUUUGAGCAGAUUUCUCUGAAAACCCUGGGCCUUCGCAUUCAGCUUGGUCACACCACUGGCCAGCAAUGUGCCAAUCCUCACCGUGCUUUCAACGAUGAUUUUAUCAUUAUUGACACCUUCAGUAUACAUGAAGUGUCACUCAACUUCUGCAGUUGCACAAUAGCUGAAAGCCAUAUGCAACAGCUACUUCGAAUGUCAUUAUUUCCUUCAAUAAUCUCAGAUCCGAAAACUGCAGUGACAUUCCACAUUCUGGAGCAGUAUCACCUGCUCUCGUUUGAGUCAAAGUUAAGGUAG